AUGGCUUACUCCUCUAUGCCAGAGCCCAACCUCGAUGGGCUGGGCAUCUUCUGGAUUGUCUGGACCUUCAUCUGGACCUUCAUCGUUGUCAGCGGCAUGGCCUUCCUUUGGCGCCAUCGCGACAUGCCCAUGCUUCGAAUUCGCGACCUUCCACUUACCUUUGUCGCCAUAAUAAUGCUCCACAUCUACUGGGGCGCCGUUCAGACUGGUUAUCCGCUUUUGCACGUCGCCAAGCACCAGAAGGAGCUAUUCGCUUCGGAUGAGAAUACCUAUAGCAGGCCUCGUGCGAGACGGGACUCUUGGCUUGGAAAAUUUCAGGCCCUGGGUUACACCAAGAAGAUUCUCGUGACAAUUGGGUUGGGCAUGAUUGUACAGUUCAUCCUCACAAUCAUCAUGUGGUGCAUCUCCAAGAAGUUCCAUCCCAGCUGGGGUGUUGCAGGUACUGAAGUCCAUCCGGGUUCUAAGGAGUACGAAAAGUCUCAGAUGGGCAAAGGUUGGGAAUGCCUUCAUGCCACUCCUAUGUGGCUCGUCAGCUUGUAUGUCCCAGCUAUGGAACCUAUUAACGCCUACUGGAUUCCUCCCCAAUGGCUUGCCACCUCCAUCAUGGCCAUUGAGAUCUUCACAAUCUUCUGGCCCUGCUGGGAAGUCCUCCAGCACCAAACCCUACGACAAGAGACUCUUGACUCCAUUGCCCAGUGGCAGCUUAACAAAAAGGCUGUCACUCAUGGUGCCCAAUCUGUUGCCACAGGAUCCACGACCGUCGCUGCUUCAGCUCUCACCUCUUGGUCCAAGGGCGGCUCAGGCAAGAGCAGUACUUCAGGUGAGAGUAUUCUCACCAUGGAGGCUCUCGAGUAUGUCCUUGAGCGAAACCCCGAACCUCUUCAGCAAUUCUCUGCCCUUCGCGACUUUUCUGGCGAGAACAUUGCCUUCUUGAGAGCUGUCACCGAGUGGAAGUCUUCACUACCGCCCUCGGUCCGCGACCCCGAGAACAUCAAAGGGCCUGCUGUCCAAGAACUCGUCCGUGAACGCUUCAACAGUGCUCUACGCAUUUACACCAACUUCAUCAGCCCGCGCGACGCCGAGUUCCAGAUCAACAUCUCCUUCCAACAGCAGUGCAAGCUCGAGACAGUGUUUGAGAACUCUGCUCGUACCCUUUUCGGCGACAAGGGCACCGUCGACCCAGCUCUGCCAUUUGAGACAUUCCAGAUGACCACAACAGCGAACAAAGCCAAGUCUUCUGGCGCUUCAUUAAACGGUUCCGAGACUGUUAUAAUGUCUACAGAAUCCGCCAACGACUCUGGAAGCUAG